GAUGUGGGCGCAGUUCAUCAGUUUAAUUUUAUUCGCUUGCUUGGCUGAGUCUCAGCGUUGCCAGGACGAACAGCACCUUCAGCAGCCCAUUGAUUACACACAAUGUGGUCGUCCCGUCUGUGCCACCAAUGGCUAUUGUUAUCGCACAUUUAACAACAUCUGCUGUUUGGACGCCUUCAAUUUGCAACUGCUUUUUGCGGGACAAAGAGAACUGGUGCAAGCCGAUAUGGUGCACUGCUUGCCGCGCUCAACGUGGUACGACUACAAUGCAUUCAAAAGGCCACGUCCACUACCGAGGUCCUAUUUAAAUGACGCUACUUCUGCUGUUGCCUCCGCCUCCGCCUACGCCAAUGGAUUACAAUAUCCAUACGAAUCGGAGCCCUAUCCAUAUGAAUCGGAUUCGUAUAACUACCACAAUUCUCAGAACCUUUAUUCCCCAGUUCCACAGAAUACACAUAGAGGCAGAAAUGACUACGCCAGCUUCUGGGAUCAGUAUAGUGGUAGACAGGAGUAUUUGACUCAACGACCAAUGAAGCUAUAUACUCCGGCCCAGUAUCCAACAACAUCCACCACGCCAUCCUCAAUGCCGUCAACAACGCCAUCCCCUAUGAGCUCCACAGCAAUCUCAGGAAUAAUAGCUGAGACAAUAACAUCUUCAACAAGUCCAACGAGAUUAUUAGGCAGAUUACAAGUUAUAACAUCAUCUACAUCAAGAUCCAUAACACCGUCCACAACGCCCUCCACAACGACAUCUACAACGCCAUCCACAACUCCAUUGACGACGAGCUCUACAGCAAUCUCAAGAGAGAAUAGAAUAGCAAUUGAAGUUAUAGCAUCAUCUACAACACCAUUCAUAGCACCAUCAACAACAUCAUCUACUACACUUUCUCCUACAAGCUCAACAGAAGACUCAACACCAUCCUCAACGAGCUCUAGCGAAAUGUCGAGCACAACAGCAGACUCAACACCAACCACAACACCAUCCACAUUAAGCUCUACAGCCACUUUAAGUUCCGAAACAGACUCUACUGAAAAUUCAAGCAUAUCACCAUCCUCAAUGAGCUCUAGCGAAAUGUCAAGUACAACAGCUUCCUCAACACCACCCACAACAUCAUCCACAUCAAGCUCUACUGGUAUUUCAAGUUCAACCGAAAUCGCAAGUACAACAGGUGGUACAACACCAUCUACACCAUCUUCCUCAAGAAGCUGCAGUUGCAGUAUUGCAAUUCCAGACACAAUACAAUCCCCAACUAGCUCUAGCGAAAUGCCAAGUACAACAGCAUCCUCAACACCAACCACAACACCAUCCGCAUCAAGCUCUACAGCCACUUCAAGUUCCGAAACAGACUCUACUGAAAAUUCAAGCUCAUCACCAUCCUCAACGAGUUCUAGCGAAAUGUCAAGCACAGAAACUGCAACAACCGAAUCAGCUUCUACUGCAACUACAGCAACGAAUUCUGUCAACUCGGCAAUGUCUAUAAAGUUCUUGCCAUUCGAUGCACCGUCCAGAUCAAUAGCGGCUACAGCAGAGGCUACAACAACAUCCACAACAACAGAACCUACAACUGUAGCUGCAGACUCCUCAACAGCGGACUCCACACCACAGACAACAACUAACGAUAUGGAUUCCAACACUCUGGUUUCUCUGGUAUUUACAUUGGAAAGUGGUAAAGUGUACAAACUUGCACUCAACUCCCAGACAACUGAUCCAAUAACCGGCAAAAAGACAUGCGCCGAAGCGACCUCUCUGAUGGUACAGCAUAGGGGCAUAUCGGAACCGCUCAAUUUUAUCGGAUGCCUGAUCAGCAACUCUAGCAGCCCAGAUAGAAACUAUGGCACUACGACAUAUGACACCAGGCCUAGUGGCUCCCCAUAUAAAUUGGUUAAUUACAUGCCAUAUGGUUACCUGUAUAGCUUUGCCUACGGUUCUGGCUUUGGUCACUCCUAUUAUAAUGGUAAUGCCAAUGGAUAUCGUAACCCUUAUGGAAGUAUUCCUAGUGCUUCCAGUGCAGCCUCUGCAUCAGGCUAUGGUUCUGCAUACGCAGCAGCUGUGCCGCCCAACUUGUCACAAUAUUACGCUUAGCGACCUACCACAAUAAUAUCAUAUUACAUAAUAAUCGCAAAGACUUAUUUAUGCAUACGUUUUAAGUAGACCAAUCAUUCACAUAUAUAUAUA